AGAUCUUUUCCCCCCCCUUUCCCCUGUCGAAAACCGUUAAGGUGGCGUCGUUUACCUAGCAGAGCCCCCCAUCGCGGGUUUCGAUCGUUUGUGAAUUGUUAGGUCGUCUACAAGAUGGAUCUCUCGAGACUCACUCGUCCGGCGAUCUUGUGUCAGUGCUCGCGCUGCUCCAGUUCUCUUGCCGCUUUGGAGAAUGAGUGGGCGAAGUUGUCCAACUCGUACUCGGUGGCGGCAGGCUGGUUGAGCGUCGAACUUCAUCGCAUCUCUAUCUCGUCGGAGAAGAAACAGAUUCCCCAGUCAUCGGAUUUGAGUAUCCUGCGGGGCCGAAUUUUACAGGAUGUGUCCUGCAAGCUGUGUCAGCAGAGGCUGGGGGUGUUAUCAGAACUGGACAAUGGUCCGAAUAUCCUUUGGAAAAUGUCCAAGGUAUCGUUUAGAGAAAUCGUCACGAUGCGCACGGUCGAGCCCAUGUUCAAGGACGGGGCUCUCGAACAACUCCUUCAUCCGACACCGAAAGAUUCAGGCGCCAAACGCGAUCGACAGUCGAGUCAAGCAGGGGCGUUGAUACCGACUGGCUCCGCCGAACUCGAUUACUACAACAGCUUGUCGGUCGAGCAGCAGAUCCAACACCAGGGCCUAAGCCUUGACCAUAUCUCGAGUUCCGUCAUCAACCUCCACGAUACCAUGUCCGAGUUGAAAGGCGCAUUCACGGCGCUUCGAAUCGAACUCAAUACUCCCGGUCGGUCUCCCGAGCUAGGGAUGCUCCCGGGCAACGACUUCAGCAUGAUCGCGACAGUAUUGAAGGAACUGAGGAACAAAUCGGAUGAGAAUGACAAAUUGAAACUGGAAAAUGAGGCACUGAAACUGAAGAACCGGUAUAUGGAGGAACAAGCCACACGACACCUGGUCCCCGUGCCUAGUGUCGAAGAAAUGCUGCCAGAAGUGCGAAGUCCGGGGCUCCUUCAAGCAGGCAGGAAGCGUGGCUGGCCAGAGGCAUUCUCAAGUGGCCAUACGCAACCCAUUGCCGAUUCUUUCGAUGAUAAUGAUGACGACGACGAAGACAGCAUGACGGGGUUUUCGUUGGCCACUCCACAGGCGCCUCCGAUGAGGGUCCCUCCCCAGGCGUCCACGGCAGCGCAAGAACCCCAACAACCACAAGAAACCACCGAGUUCCGCAUUGAAGUUGGCCGGACCACACAUGCAGACAAUAGACACCAUGAGAGCAACCACAUAGCCUCGAGCCCUCAACAGGCCCAACCGGUAGCCAAACGACCGCGUCUGAGCCAACCGGCGGACCGGCCCCCAUCCAACACAAACCCCGAGAGAAAGGUCGGCCGGCCCCGGAAAUCGCUCAACCCGACACCAAAAGACACACCCGAGACUUCCAAGCCUGCCGCUUCGACGGAGACCAGCGGCCCCGGCAGCCAGGGAGAACGUGUGCCGCUGAACACGAGCCCUGACCAGCGAAAUACGCGACCCGGGCAACUCUCAUCUACCCGCCUCGGAGCCAAGAACUCAUUCGAGCAGGACAUGGCGCAGACUCCAGGGAGCAGCGAUCAGGAUCGAGAUGGGAACGCAACCCAACCACCGAGCGAAUCGAGCAAGGAGAACCCGUCGGGUACGAAACGGAGCAGUGCUCCGGAUAAUGUCCAGCACAAGGACGGGACUCACGAACGGCGCAAGUCACAAAUGGCCCAGCGGGAUCUGAUGGUACGAUUGGCUAUGCAACGGGAAGAAGCGAUGGAGACGGGGGAGGCUCGGUGAUGGAAUUGCCAUUCUUGAACUGUAUUAUUUAGUUGAUUCGAUUCUUGUAUUUUUAUUGGGGGAUCUGCUGGAUCUUCUCCUUUACAUCCUUCAUUCUUUGUUCCUUUCUUUCUAACUUUCCUAUCCGUUCGUUUAAUUUAUUUUUUUGACUCAUGAAG